AUGACCACCCCCGCCCUGCUGCCCCUCUCCGGCCGCCGCAUCCCGCCCCGCAGCCUGGGGCCCUCCUCGUCCUCCCCCUUCCCGCACCACCGGGCCACCCUGCGGCUCUCGGAGAAGUUCAUCCUGCUGCUGAUCCUCAGUGCCUUCAUCACGCUGUGCUUCGGGGCCUUCUUCUUCCUGCCGGACUCCUCCAAGCACAAGCGCUUCGAUCUGGGCCUGGAGGACGUCCUGAUCCCCCACGUGGACCCCGGCAAGGGGGGGAAGGGCGCGGGCGGCUACCUGGUCCACGGGCAGGGGCACGACCAGCACCGGCACAGGGAAGAAGAAGAACGUUUGAGGAAUAAAAUCCGCGCAGAUCACGAGAAAGCUCUUGAGGAAGCGAAAGAGAAGUUGAAGAAGUCGCACAGUGAGCUCCAAGCAGAAAUUCAGACCGAGAAGAACAAGAUAAUCCAGAGCCUGAAGAACAAAGGCAGCAAGCCUUUGCCCCCAGUCCCGGUGCCGAGUCUCGUAGGCAUCAAGAGUGGCGACCCCACGGACCCAGACAUUCGAGAAAAAAGGGACAAAAUUAAAGAGAUGAUGAAACAUGCCUGGGACAAUUACCGACAAUAUGGAUGGGGACAUAACGAACUGAAACCCAUUGCUAGGAAAGGACAUUCCACAAAUAUAUUUGGAAACUCACAGCUGGGCGCCACUAUAGUAGAUGCAUUAGAUACACUCUACAUUAUGGGCCUUCACGAGGAAUUCAAAGAAGGACAGGAAUGGAUUGACAAUCAUCUUGACUUCAGCGUGAAUUCAGAGGUAUCUGUCUUUGAAGUCAACAUCCGCUUCAUCGGAGGCCUGCUUGCAGCCUAUUACCUUUCAGGACAAGAGGUGUUCAAGAUCAAGGCGGUGCAGCUCGCAGGAAAGCUUCUCCCUGCCUUCAAUACACCCACUGGAAUUCCUUGGGCGAUGGUGAACUUGAAAAGCGGUGUUGGUCGCAACUGGGGAUGGGCUUCUGCUGGCAGCAGCAUCCUGUCUGAAUUUGGGACCCUUCAUAUGGAAUUUGUACACCUGAGCUACCUGACGGGCAACCCAGUCUACUAUGACAAGGUCAUGCAUAUUCGUAAACUGCUUCAAAAGAUGGACCGCCCUAAUGGCCUUUAUCCAAAUUACUUGAAUCCAAGGACUGGGCGCUGGGGACAACAUCACACCUCCAUGGGCGGCCUGGGUGACAGCUUCUACGAGUACCUGCUGAAGGCUUGGCUGAUGUCAGAUAAGAUGGACACGGAGGCAAGGAAAAUGUAUGAUGAUGCUAUUGAGGCCAUAGAGAAGCAUCUCAUCCGAAAGUCCAACGGAGGCCUCACUUUCAUUGGGGAGUGGAAGAACGGGCACCUCGAGAGGAAGAUGGGCCACCUCACGUGCUUCGCUGGGGGGUUGUUUGCCCUUGGCGCAGAUGGCUCCCGAGAGGACAAGGCCGGGCACUACCUGCAGCUGGGGGCGGAGAUUGCGCACACCUGCCAUGAGUCAUACGACAGGACAACAUUAAAAUUGGGUCCUGAAGCUUUCAAAUUUGAUGGUGGCGCAGAGGCAGUAGCAGUGCGGCAGAAUGAAAAAUACUACAUUUUGAGGCCGGAGGUGAUAGAAACCUAUUGGUACAUGUGGCGGUUCACACAUGACCCCAAAUACAGGCAGUGGGGCUGGGAAGCAGCACAGGCCAUAGACAAAUACUGCCGAGUGAGUGGUGGAUUUUCGGGGGUCAAGGAUGUCUAUUCCUCAGCUCCCACGUACGAUGAUGUGCAGCAAAGCUUCUUUCUUGCUGAAACACUCAAGUAUCUGUAUCUGCUAUUUUCCAAUGAUGAUCUCCUACCUUUGGAUCACUGGGUUUUUAACACGGAAGCGCACCCCCUGCCUGUUCUACAUCUAGCCAACACGACACUUUCAGCAAAUCAUGUGUAUCGAUAGAAUCUAUUCCAGGAGAAGGACGAAAGACUUCCUUUUAGCUGUGUUUUGUUUACAUGGACCACUUUGGA